AAAAAAGUCACGUGACGACACUAGCUCGCGUUGGCGCAGGAAAUGGCUGCCUCCAGUGUUUUUAAAGCAGGGCUUUUCAAUAAUAAAGUUGCAAUAGUGACAGGAGGUGGCACGGGCAUCGGAAAGGCAAUCACUUCAGAAUUAUUGCAGCUAGGAUGCAAUGUGGUAAUAUCCUCGCGAAAGUUGGAGCGUUUGGAGGCAGCUGCUAAGGAGCUGUCCGAGAGAAUCCCGCACACCAACCCAGCUAAAGUCACACCCAUUCAGUGCAACAUCCGCAAUCAGGACGAGGUGAAGACCUUGGUUGCCUCUACAUUGAAGUUGCAUGGAAAGAUUGACUUCCUGGUCAACAAUGGAGGAGGACAGUUCUCCAGUCCAGUUGAACUCAUGAGUGCCAAAGGCUGGAGGGCUGUUAUUGAUACAAACCUGACUGGAACUUUCCACUGCUGUCAGGAAGUGUACAGGGCAUGGAUGAAGGAACAUGGAGGGUCAAUUGUCAACAUCAUCGCUGACAUGUGGAAGGGAUUCCCUGGCAUGGCACACACAGGAGCUGCCAGGGCAGCGGUGGACAACUUAACCAAGAGCCUGGCCAUCGAGUGGGCAGCCAGUGGUGUGAGGGUGAACUCCAUAGCACCGGGAACCAUAAUUUCUAAAACUGCAAUGGCCAACUAUAAGGAAAUUGGACCAGCAAUGUUUAAGAUGUCCAUAAAUUUCAGUCCAGCCAAAAGACUGGGAGUCCCGGAAGAGAUCUCUCCUGCAGUGUGCUUCCUGCUCUCCCCUGCUGCUUCCUACAUCUCUGGGGCCACACUUCGGGUGGACGCUGGCCAGAGCCUCUACCAUUCCAUUUGGGAAGUCCCAGAUCACAGUGCCUGGGAGGAGGCACCAGAUGGGGAGAAUUCAGAGACUCUCAGAGAAAUUAUGAAUAAGAAGUCCAAACUGUGAGGAGUGGAACCCAGGCCUGCUGAGAACUACUGGUCACAAAUAUCAACCGCAUCCCAAGAUGUUGUGCCUUACACUGUGUUUGUGGUUAUGGGGUUGUAGAAAUCUUUACAUGAAAUAACAACAACAAAAAAAUUUCUGGGGCCAGGAUUGGUACUAUUUGAUUUAUAGAAUGUAGCCUGAACAUAUUUGAAUGUAAACAAAGAAUAUUUUAUGAUGAAUUGGUUAAAUGGUAUUAUUUUGUGUGUUUAUGGCUUUGAUAAGAUGUCUUGAGUGUUUAAGGAGGUAAAAUAGAUUUAGAUUUGAAUGCUCUCUGUUCACAGAGUAGGCUAUUACUGUAACGGGCGAGCAUUCACAUACAGCUGUUUUUUUGUGUGAUACUGCUGCACCGGUGACGGGGGGUAUUUCAAUUAGAUAUGUAUGAGCCUCUGUGUGCUCUAAUGCCAGGUCAAGGAACAGACUUACUAAAAUAAACUGAAUUAUUGUUUUACCAGA